CACACGGAAGGAUAAACUCUAGUGCUUCGUACUACCGUUUCCCCAGAGAAAACAAUUGGGCGGAAUUGGGAUGCGGAAGGAGGAGGCAGCCAUGUCGGCAGCAACGGGGAAGCCGAUCCUGUACAGCAAAUGGUUCAGCUCCUGCUCGCACCGGGUUCGGAUCGCCCUUAACCUCAAAGGUGUGGAUUUCGAGUACAGAGCGACCAACCCGAUGACAGAUCCAGAUUAUGAGAAAAUCAAUCCUGUUAAGUUUGUCCCAGCAUUAGUGGAUGGGGAUUUUGUUGUUUCCGACUCGUUCGCAAUCAUUUUGUAUAUGGAAGACAAGUACCCUCAGUGUCCUCUCUUACCCCGAGAUCUGAAAAAGAAAGCUCUUAAUUUGCAGAUUGCAAGCAUAGUGUGUUCAAGCAUCCAGCCUCUUCAGAGCCAUGCUGUCAUUGGUUCAUAUCUUGGCACAAUGGACACCAAUGAGAGCCUUCAGAUGGUUCAAUAUUAUAUUGACAAAGGCUUCAGAGCGAUUGAGAAACUUCUGGAAGGAUGUGACAGCAAAUAUGCCACUGGAGAUGAAGUUCAAAUGGCGGAUGUGUUUUUAGCGCCCCAGAUCCACGCUGGUGUGACACGCUUCCAAAUCGAUAUGUCAAAGUACCCUAUUUUGGCAAGGCUUCAAGACGCUUACAAUGAGCAUCCUGCAUUUCAAGCCGCACUUCCUGCGAACCAACCAGAUGCUCCUCCAUCCCAGUAAAGUAAUCAGGACCUCGAUGACUGUAAGAUUUUUCAUGUUUGAUCGAGAUUCUAUGAUGUAAUUUCAAAGUUAGAUGCUCAUGUAAGCAAAGACCCCUGGAUGAGCUUGACGACAUUGCUGUAAAAGUGAAUAAAUGCAAUUUAUCGUAUGUGCCAGUGUAAAAUUCUAGUAUCAAUAAAGAGAAGAAAGGGAAGAAGACGAGUCAAACAUUA